GCCACAUGAUUCUGGUGUGACGGAGUCGAAUGUUCAGGGCUUCGGCAGAGGAAGUCGCGGGCAGCAAGCCCGUCAUGCCGCAACUGUCACUUUUGAAAGAAGCCCGAAUCUGAUCAACGCCGGCAUGCACAGCCGUCGUGCUACGCGGAGGCAUGCUCAGGAUCUGAAGCAGCCUGGUGCAGGACUUCGCGGCGCAAUGGGCAAGUGCAGCGCCGGCCGAGUCACCGUGAUUGCAUCGCUCCGCUUGACAGGUAUCACGACUGCACACCUCUCCGGGCGAAGUUUCGUUGUAAACGAAAUGCUGCAGCGUCAAAUGCAAGGAACGUCGGCGGCAUGCACGCAGGCGGAGCUACUGCGCGACGUACCUGGUUGCUGGACUCUCGACACGUCGGUUUGCAGGGAUCACAGUCGCACCAACGCCACCACAGCGCGUCAAAAGCUCCAAGUCGCCCGUCACACAACCCAAGACGGCCGAGCAUUUGCGUCCUCCGGCGUAACGUGAUGCACGCAGCACAAGGUUGUGAAGAGGUGGCACGCUGCAGCACACGUCCGGUUUGAAACGCAGCCGCUUGGUUGGCCGUGCCACACCACACCUUGCCCAGAUCUUCGUGCCAUCCCCAUCACGUCGAGCGACUGAUAGCAAUUUCUCCGAUGGCCCUCUGUGCCGCCGAGACGACCUUCCUGUGUGUUCAACAUGCGCGCCUAUCUGUAAACUUCGCACGCCCCUUGAUGGCUGCCCACGGAUGGUAGCACAGCGUCAAUCCUGUCUU